GACGGCGACGCUUUCGAAGUGAUGCCCAUUGACUACCAAUCUGUCUUCUACGGCUGUUCCAUCUUCGACCUGAUCUGGAUCACAAUCACCAGCACAGACCAAGAAUUCAGGAAAAAUCACAUGGAACACCUCAAAAACGUAUAUCAUGAGUCCAUGAAGGAGUUUUUAAAACUUUUCAACAUUGACGUUGAACAAUAUUACCCGAGAGCAGAAUUUGAAAGGCUUUACAAAGAGAAGCUUCCUCUUGGUCUGAUGUUUGCACUGUGGUUUCUUCCAGGGCAUUUGACGAACAAUGAUGAUAUUUUAAACAAAGAUUUUUCUGCGUCGAGCUUCAAAAAGAGUGAUGUGUUCGAAACAAGGAUUCGGGGUAUCGUAGACGAUUACAUAAAAUGGGGCUAUGUAUAA